UUUUAUGCCAGCAAUCACAAAAUCGAGUGUUUUGUGUUCUUUCUCAGCAAGUUCAUAUCCCCCAUCAACUGCAAGCUAGAAAUUCAUCCACGCUUUAAAUUCCUAGCCCCAAUCAGAAAAUUGAGUGCUUCUUCAUUCCUAGUCUAUUAUUGAUCAGCGCUUCAAUCUCCCUUGUGCUCGUUAAUUAAUGGCUGGUGCUUCUUCAUCAUCAGGAGGCAGUUUCAGAUACGACGUUUUCAUCAAUUUCAGAGGCGAAGACACCCGUAGGUGUUUCAUCUGCCAUCUUUACAAAGCUCUGGAACAGAAAGCACUCGACGUCUUCAUAGAUUCCGAAGAGCUUAGAACAGGCGACGACCUUUCGGCGCUAUUCAAAGCCAUUGAAGACUCGAGGCUUUCGAUUGUUGUUUUCUCUAGACACUAUGCCUCUUCCACAUGGUGCUUAAAAGAACUGGUCCACAUCCUGGAUAGGCGGAGCCAGAUUGUGGUGCCCAUAUUCUAUCAAGUAAAUCCCUCCCAUAUUUGCAACCUUGAGGAAAGUUUUGCAGAAGCUUUUGCAGAACAUGAAAGCAAUUCCAAGAUCGACAAAGAAGAGUUGGAGAGCUGGAAGUCCAGUUUAAACAGAGCCGCCAAUAUAUCUGGCUACCACUCCACAAAUUUUGGGGAUGAUACCCAGCUUAUCGACAGCAUUGUAAAAGACAUUUUAGAGAAAUUGAUCCACAUCUCACCAAGUAAAACCGAUGGCUUGAUUGGAAUGGAUUCUCACAUAAAUGCAAUUGAUAGGCUAUUACAACUGGGGGUGGAUGAUUUUCCCAUUGUUGGAAUCUGGGGUAUGGGUGGCAUCGGCAAGUCAACCAUAGCUAAAGCUUUUUUUGACAGAAUUGCUCAUCAAUUUGAACACAAGUGCUUUCUUGAUAAUGUAAAGGAGGGCUUCAUCACAAAAAAUGGUGCAGUACAAAUGGUUGAAAAACUUCUAUCCAAACUUCUGAAGGUAAAGGAUCGAAGCACUUUGGAUGGAGGGCUGAAUAUGAUUAGGGAAAGACUAGGUAAGAAAAGAAUUCUUCUUGUUCUUGAUGAUGUGGACAAUCUGGACCAAAUUGAAACCUUGAUUGGAGAGAAACCUACAUUUGGUGGAGGGAGCAGAAUUAUUAUAACAACUAGAGAUAAGAAGUUACUAGCUGGAUAUUUGAUAUACGAGCCCAAGUUGUUCACUAAUGAAGAAGCUCUUGCACUCUUUAGCAAGUAUGCUUUCAGAACAAACAAACCCUCAGAGAGUUACGAUGCUAUCGCAAGGCGUGCAGUAAAAUACGCCUAUGGUCUUCCUUUGGCACUCAAAGUCUUGGGAGCUUUGCUUGACAACAAAUCUGUACAGGAGUGGGAAUAUGAGUUGGAGAAGAUAAAGAAAGUUUCAAUCACGUCGCUUGAUAAUAAUAUUGGACGUGUGCUUUGGGCAAGCUAUGAUGGAUUGGAUGAAUAUCAGAAGAAAAUAUUUCUAGAUAUUGCAUGUUUCUUUAAGAGAAUGGACAAAGAUCUUGUAACAAAGUUUCAUGAAAGUUGUGGCUUUUUCCCCCAGAAUGGACUAAGAGUUUUGGAAGAAAGAUCUCUUGUAAGUGUCUCACGUUAUGGUGAACUAGAGAUGCAUGAUUUGAUACAGGAAGUGGGUAGGGACAUCGUCCACCGACAAUCUACUGAAGAUCCGGGAAUGCGUAGUAGAUUAUGGAAUUAUGAAGAUGUUCACCUAGUGUUAGCUCAAAAUACGGCUACGAAAGUUGAAGGCAUAAUCCUAGACUUGUCAAAGUUAAAAGCGGUAUACAUAAAUGAUGAAGUUUUUGUUAGCAUGAGUAGACUAAGGCUACUCCAGCUUUCUGAAUAUCAUUAUGGAGAUGGAUAUAAAUAUCAUUAUGGAUGGCAACAAAAACAUGCUUAUGGAAGUGCAAGGACGCGAGAAGCAGAUUAUGAACCCUGUGUACAAGACAUGAAUGAGAACUUGAAGUUUCUUUCAAAUGAGUUGAGAGUUCUUGUGUGGCAUGGAUGCCCCCUAAAGUCUUUCCCAAUUAAUUUUGUACCAAAUAAUCUUAUUUACAUUGACAUGUGCAGUAGUCAUAUUAAACAACUUUGGGAAGGAACCAAGCGUUUGCAAAACUUGGUAUACAUUAAUUUAAGUCAUUCAAAGUAUCUAAUCGAAACCCCCGACUUCACUGAGGCAACACAUCUUAAGCAACUGAGGCUUGGAGAAUGUACAAGUUUAUUGGAGGUUCACCCAUCCAUUUCAGCUCUUAAAAGCCUCGUCGAGUUGGACCUACGGGGCUGCUCAAAUCUCAAUAAGUUUCCAAAUAUAUCCGGAAAUAUGGAGAAGCUAAGUAAACUUUGGUUAGAUCAGACUGCAAUUACAGAAAUACCCUCGUCAAUUAAUGAUCUUUCCGGGCUGCGGGAUUUGAGCCUCGCUUGUUGCAGAGAACUCAGGAGUCUUCCGAGCAGCAUUCACAUGAAAUCUCUAAACAAGCUUGAUCUAUCUGGCUGCUCGAAACUUACGGAGUUUCCAGAGAUUUCAAAAGUAAUGGAGGUACUAAGGGUGCUUCCAUUAGAGGGGACAGCAAUUAAAGAACUGCCCUCAUCUAUUAAUAAUCUCACGAGGCUUCAGAGCUUAAGUUUGAGAAACUGCACAAGCCUUGUAUGUCUUCCGAACAAUAUCGGCAAUAUGACAUGCCUUCAAUAUCUCUGUCUGACUGGGUGCAGAGAACUCAGGGGUCUUCCGAGCAGCAUUCACAUGAAAUCUCUGAAAUCUCUUGAUCUAUCUGGCUUCUCGAAACUUACGGAGUUUCUGGAGAUUUCAGAAGUAAUGGAGGAGCUAAAGGUGCUUCGAUUAGACGGGACAGCAAUUAAAGAACUACCCUCAUCUAUUAAUAAUCUUACGGGGCUUGUUGAUUUAUAUAUGAGUAACUGCACAAGCCUUGUCUGUCUUCCGGAAAAUAUCUGCAAUAUGGCAUGCCUUCAAUAUCUCUGUCUGACUGGGUGUUCUAACCUUUCAAAGUUGCCCGAGAACUUCGGGAAUUUGAAAUCAUUGUAUCGAUAUGAACUGAAGGGAAGUGGUAUAAAACAACUUCCAUUCUCUAUCUUGUGUAGGUCUUCAUUAUUAUGUAAUGGAUGUAAAGAGAUGACGGAGCCGUUUUCCUCGUGGCCAACAUGGAACCACCAAAAUCCAAGUUACUCUGUUCUCAUCUAUCUUGAUUUAAGUGACUGCAAUCUCUUGGAAAUAUCGGAUGGUAUUGCUCAUUUAUCUUCGUUGCAAACAUUAAAGCUGUGUAGAAACGAGAAUUUGGAAAGUUUACCUGCAGCAAUGAAUCGCCUGGGUCAUUUAACACUGCUCUAUCUGAGAGGUCUGAAGAGACUGAAAUCAAUACCAGAGCUUUCAUCGAGUAUACAAGACAUAGAAGCCCACAAUUGCACAUCUUUGGAGACAGUUUCAACACCACAGCCUCCGUACGCUGAGUUCAUUUGCUUCCAAUUUUUUAAUUGCUUCAAGUUGGUAAACAAUACCAAUAUAUUUAUAAAUAUUGUGGAAAGUGCUACUCGUAAUCAGGAUUAUUAUAAAUGCCGUAUGACUCUUCCUGGAAGUGAUAUUCCAGAUUGGUUCAACCAUCAGAGUGGAGGGUUAUCCGUAACUGUGCCGUUACCACCCAAUUGGCUCGCAAGCAACUUUCUGGGGUUCGGUAUAUGCGCCAUCAGUAACUUGCGGGGUGCUGAUAAUAGAAAAACUCUUGAAUCUACCACCUGUUGCUGUACCUUAAAAGCAAAUGACGGUCAGGACAAUUUCUAUUUUCCUUUGCUCCCCCCUUUUCGAGGUGGAACUGACGUGCCCCUUGAGUUGGAUCAUAUGUUGCUGGGAUAUACAAAUUUCCGAAGUUUAGGAGAGUGGCAUAAUGAACGCAAAUACACCGAGGCCACAUUUAGGAUAGUGGCAGAGGACUAUGGAGUCAUCCGAGAGGAUUGGGAAGAUUGCACUUGGAUCACAAGUUGCGGGGUUCGGUUAUUCCACAUGAAUCCAACCAAUGUCGGAGGCCAACGAGCAGAGCCCCUUCGGCGCGUUAACCGCCGUAGAGUUCUACUCCCGUCACUCCGUCUCUCACGGCUCCGACUACGUCACCAACCCCGGAAGCUUCAAGCUCUUCACUCAGUAGUGGACCCCACUCCCUCCAACCGAGGCCCUCGGCGUCCUCGCCAUAGUUCACGGCUUCACCAGCGAGACCAGCUCUCUACGGACCUUAUUUGCAAUUUGGAAAAUAGAGAAACAGAGAUAAGGAGUAAGAGAAGGAGGAAACACUAGAGAGAGGGAAAGAGACGAUGGGGGUGGAGGUGCAGGAAGAGGGGGAGGAGUGCUUAGGAGGUCCUAUAUAUAUGCUGCUGCUUCUCGUUUGAGUGAUGAAACAAUAGGGAGUGGAUGUCGCUGGAGCCACAGAAUUAGUCAGAGGAAGCGGAUGUCUCAGGGGAAGGGGGACUCCUCACGUUGUCUCUCUAGAAUUCUUAAUUCAAGCAUCCGACUGCAUUCUAACUCUCUGUUUUGCCUUUCCAUAUUUUACCAUAUUUUACUGUUCAUUCGAUCAUCGUGAGCACCACCGCUUUCGUGUUUCAGUGGAGAAACAGAGAGACUGUGAGAGCGAAGAGUGCAGAGGAAUAAUAGAGAUUGCUGGAGUAGAAAGGAGAAGAGGAGGAAUUGGUCUGGGUUUGUUUUGGACGAUACCCAAUUCGUCCUUUUUGUGGGUUUGGCAAGGGCGACGAUCCUGAACUGCUUGCUGAUUUGGGUUUGAUUUUUGGUCAGGUCUUCAGAUAUGUGAAGUUCUGAUUUAACAAAAACUUAUCAAGGAACUACUGAGUUUUGAUUUGGGCAGGAAGGGGAUGAAUCUGGGUGCAACUUUGCAUUCAAUCGGUUCAAUUUAGGAGUAGAGUGCUUGGUCAAGCAGUGAAGAGACUUUAUUUUGCAAAUUUCAGGCAAUUGAAGCAAGCUUUGGGAUUGGAUUGUCUUCUUUAGACUCCUGAUGCUGAUUUUUUUCAUGCUUUGCGACCUAGCAUUUACUUUUCCAGAAGAUUACAUUGAAGGACAAGGUUUACUGCUGCAGUAAAAGAUGCCCUUCAUUAUUGCAUUAUUGUUCAUCUUUUGAUUAUAUAAAUGGGGAUCAGACUCAUAAAAGAAGAAAAAAAAUGAGCAAAUGAAGAAUGCAACCAGGAAUGAUACUUGGAUGAGAAAUAAGAAACAAAAUAACUAACCGGCCAUUUGACAACCGCCAUUGGAAAGUGCAAUAAUCUCUGGCCAAGGAUAUCGAAACCAUUGUCACUGCCAUGGUUUCGUGGUUUUUGAAAUACAUUAUGACAUAACCAAGCUCCUAUGUGUAUAUAGGUAGCCAUUGCAAUAGGAGGAUGCAAAUUGAUGUUCAAGAGAAGAACAGAAGGUGAAUAAUGAUUUAGAGAAUAAUGGCAUUGCAGGGCAAGUAGGAAAAAAGAGAUGGCAGUUCUAAUUUAUGCAGAAAACUACAUUAAGGGAUAGCAUAAUGUGUUCUCAUUUGCUUCUGUGUUGUUUGGUACAAUAAUGAUGGGCUAUAUCUUUUAAUAUUUGACCCUUUUUCUAAUCUGUUUAUUUUUGACUAAAUUUCAUGUAUUAAUGCUUUUGGUGGGUUUUUGUGAAAUACAUUUUUCUUCUAUUUGCAGGAACAACAAUGCAGACAUUCAAGAUUAUAACAUGAAAGCUUUGGAAAUGUUAUCCCCUCAAGGUAUUGCACUUUCAGUUAAAGAAGAAUAUCCUACCUGACUAAAGAAGAAGGGAUUGCUGCCCUCAUGAACCAAAUUAAAUAAGAAGAGAAAGGGGAAUGUGGAGAUAUGAUGGAAAUUGAAGAAUGCGAGACUUUGACCCCCUUGAACCUACCAGAACAAGAAAAAGAAUAUAUGGUUAAUGCUUAUUCCUGCCUCAAAGAAAGUUUGGAGAGGGGUGGAACUUUAAUAAGAGAAAGCUUGCCCAGAUUUAGCUCAGCUAUUAGUUUGUUUAGUAUAUUGAGUAUGUUAUAGUUUGGUAAUCUAGUAUGUAAUAGUUUGGGAUAAACUGAACAAUGAGAAUAAUUUUUCAUGCUCCUCUUUAACUCUUGACAUUAUUUCAGGCCGUUGGAAGAGCCCUCUUCAGGGCACAUGUAGAGGGUCAACUGAAGGUUAACAUAUCUUCAUGAUUUGUUCACUAAAUAGGAUAUUGAUUCAUGAGUGUAAACUGAUUGUGGCA